AUGUUCACUACGAACUUAUCCCAAGUAGCUGCGUCGCCACCUGCGCCUAAAGGAGGAAGAUAUGAAGCCACUUUGAUCCCUGGUGACGGCAUUGGACCGCAGCUCCUAGAACAUGUCAGGCAAGUGUUUGUAAAGGCAGCUGUACCUGUAGACUUUGAGAUUGUAAACAUCAAUUCCCGCACUUCAGAUGACAAGGAAGUCAUGAAGGCCAUUGCCUCUCUUCAAAAAAAUGGUGUGGGACUGAAGGGCAACAUCCAGACAGAUCACAGCCAGCCCCCUAACCAUAAGUCUAAGAACCUCUUGCUUAGGACCAAACUUGACCUUUUCGCCAAUGUGAUCCACCAUAAAUGCUUACCAGGGGUUAAAACCCGACACAGCGGCAUUGACAUAGUUAUCAUUAGGGAGAACACUGAGGGGGAGUACUCAUGGCUGGAGCACGAGAGUGUGCCAGGGGUGGUGGAAAGCUUAAGGAUUAUCACACGAUCCAAGUCCCACAGGAUUGCCCAGUACGCUUUUGAGCAUGCCCGCAAACAUGGGAGAAAGAAGGUGACAGCAGUCCACAAGGCAAACAUCAUGAAACUGGCUGAUGGGCUGUUUCUCGAGUGCUGCAGGGAGGUGGCAUCAGGCUUCCCAGAUAUCAAAUUUGAACAGCUGAUAGUGGACAACACCACGAUGCAGCUGGUCUCCAGACCAACUCAGUUUGACGUGAUGGUCAUGCCCAACCUCUAUGGCAAUGUGGUGAACAGUGUCUGUGCUGGCCUAGUGGGAGGGUCUGGAUUGGUAGCUGGAGCCAACUAUGGUACGAAAUGUGCCAUUUUUGAAAGUGGAACAAGAAACACUGGGAAGAGCCUUGUGAACAAGGACAUUGCCAACCCAACAGCUAUGCUUCUGGCAAGCUGCCUGAUGUUAGACUACCUGGGAUUAAAGGAGCACUCGAAUAUCAUACAAAAAGCCAUCAUGAGGACCAUGGGGGAGCUGAACAUUCGCACUUUUGAUAUCGGGGGCUCUGCUUCCACUCAGGAGGUGAUCAACUCAAUUCUCCAUCAAAUAAAAUAA